AUGGAGAGAAUCAUUCAGCAAACAGACUAUGAUGCGCUGUCGUGCAAGCUAGCAGCUAUCUCGGCUGGAUACCUUCCUUCGAGUGCCCUACAGAGAUUGCCAGCGGAUCUGGCUAAGAAGUACACACAGUGGCACCGCGAGUAUUUGCUCACUCUCAAGAAAUUUAGCAGGCGGGCCUUUGGGAAAGUGGAUCAGACUAUGCGAUCUUCCUUCCCAGUGAUGAACUACGGAACUUACUUGCGUACUGUGGGGAUAGAUGUGGCCAUAUUGGAUUUUCUGGAUGCGAAUGAAAAAGUUCAAGUUGUCAACCUGGGUUGCGGUUCAGAUUUACGAAUGUUGCCCUUGUUGAUGAUGUUUCCUCAUGUGAGGUGUGUAGACAUUGACUAUAGUGACUCAGUGCAGCUGAAAAAUAAAAUACUGCGUGAGAAUGGAACUUUGCGUAAUGACCUUGACUUGUCAGAAGAUAGUGCCGACUCAUCACCGGUUUUGGUAGAUCAGGAAAGGUAUAAACUCAUUGCGUGCGAUUUAAACGACAUCUUAGAAACAACUCGCCUGUUGAAUACGUGUACCAGCGGCGACAUUCCCACUAUCAUAAUAUCCGAAUGCUUACUGUGCUACAUGCAUGAAAAGGAGUCUCAACUGCUCAUACACGCGGUCUCAGCGAAGUAUGCCCACGGACUAUGGAUAUCGUACGACCCCAUUGGCGGUUCUCAGCCCAAUGAUCGGUUUGGCACCAUUAUGCAGUCUAAUCUAAGGGAAUCGAGAAAUUUGGAAAUGCCCACUUUGAUGACUUAUAAUUCCAAGGAGAAAUAUGCUUCAAGAUGGCCCGAAACUCUGAACGUUAUCAUCAAUGAUAUGUGGGAAGUUUUAAAUACACAAAUUCCCGAAAUUGAGAGGAAAAGAUUGAAAUCUUUACAAUUCUUGGAUGAAUUAGAGGAACUAAAAGUCAUGCAAACCCAUUAUAUCCUCAUGAAAGCCGAAUGGUGA